AUGUCGAGUUCAUCAUUAGCUUCAUCGACAACUAAUACUUACAGUGAAAGUAUUGGAUUAAAUGGAAGUUCACCAACAUUACAAUGUCGUGUACAAUAUCUUGAUGAUACUGAUCCAUUUUCAAGUGUUAAUCUACCUGAACCAGCUCGACCACCAUCAUUUACAUUUCUUACAUCAACUAUUUUAAGUAAUCAAUUAAGUAGUAUACAUAAAGUACUGAAUGCACCACAUAAAGUUGCUGAUUGUACACUUCAAUUAUGUCGACAAGAUGGAAGUAGAACUGAACUUGGACCAUAUCUUGAACUUGAUCAAACACUUGAUGAACAAAGAGAAGACAUUGACGCUUUUACAGAAGGACGUAAAUGGUCAAUUGUCCUUCGUACUCAAUUAAGUGUGCGUGUUAAUGCUUGUAUAGACAAACUAUUAAAUUCAGAUGGACGAGAAUUACGACGAUCACUUUUUUCACUGAAACAAAUUUUUCAAGAUGAUAAAGAUCUUGUACAUGAGUUUGUUAACAAUCAGGGUUUACAAUGUUUAGUUAAAAUAGGUGGAGCAGCUGAUCAAAACUAUCAAAACUAUAUUUUACGAGCACUCGGUCAAUUGAUGCUUUAUGUUGAUGGAAUGAAUGCUGUGAUGAAUCAAAAUGAAGUAGUACAAUGGCUUUAUUCAUUAGUUGAAUCUAAUUUUCGACUUGUUGUUAAAACAAGUUUAAAACUUCUAAUUGUAUUUGCUGAAUAUACAGAAACAAAUGCACUAUUAAUUCUAUCAGCUGUAACACAUGUUGAUCGAGCAGCAAAACAUUUAUUAUGGUCAAAUGCAAUGAAAAUUUUAAAUGAAAUGGAUAAUUCAGCAUCAGAAGUUGUUCUAUUAAUAAUAACAUUAUUUAAUACAGUUUUAUCAGCUAUACCUGAUCAAGAUACAUUCUAUGAUAUGACAGAUGCAUUAGAAAAGCAAGGAAUGCAAAAAUGUACACAAUUUUUUCUUAAUCGAAAACCAGCUGAACCAGAUCUUGUCGAACAAUUUAAUAUCUAUGAUGUAAGUCAGAAGAAAAUGAUGUAUAAUCUAUAAUGUAGAACCUAAAUUUGACAAAUUAGACUUACUUGAGAAUACACGAUUAUUCUAAAUUGUUUAUCAUAAUGUUACAGCCAAGGUUGCUCAAGAUAUAUGUAUAGUGUACUAGUCAUUGAUAUCGAUAAACAAAGCAAAGAGUUAUCUAUUUACGAAAUAAUGAGAACAGGAAGAAAUUUUCUCGGAAGUAUCAAUAGUGUAAUUCACAUCAAAAUCUAGACUGAAAGUUUAGAGAUAUGAAGAACUAAUCCGAUAAAUAUUUUAUUUGCUUGAGAAUAUGUGAAGAAUGAAAAUAAAGGCAUAAAUCAAAUUCAAGCGAGUUUUAUACGCGGAGGUUAUUAUCAUCAUACUUAAACAUUGUUUUUUUGUGGUAAUAACUGGAAAAUAAGUUACUAAUCAAAUAAAAUGUGUAACUAGUUACUUGUUAUUUGGAAAAAAAUUCGAAUGCUAGAUAUAAUGAUGAUCUAUUUGUAAUGUUGACAGUUCU